AUGCUCCACCGCGUGCGGUCGAAGGUGUACGCCGACUUCGUGCCGGAAUUCGAUGCGACAUCGGUGGCCAAGAUCAAGGCGGCCGGUGGCAUCAUCCUGGGCAAGGCGGUCACCACCGAGUUCGCCUCCUCCGACCCUUCGCCGACGCGCAACCCAUGGAACCUGGAGCACACUCCCGGCGGCUCCAGCAGUGGGUCGUCUGCGGCGGUGGGCGGCGCGGAUGGUUCCGGCUGCGCUGGCUCACAGACCGGCGGGUCCACCUGCCGACCGGCGGCCUACAACGGCAUCGUCGGCGUGAAGGCCACCUACGGGCGCAUCUCACGGUACGGGUGGGCCCCGCUAAGCUGGUCUCUGGACCACGUGGGCAUCCUGACUCGAACGGUGGCCGAUGGCGCGUUGAUGCUGACCGUGCUGAGCGGCGCGGAUGACCAUGAUCCCGGCAGCCUGCGCGAACCGGUGCCCGACUUCAGCGCGCAGAUGGCCGAGCAUGACCGGCCCCCGCGCAUCGGGCUGGUGCGGCAGUACUACCAGGACUAUGCCACGCCGGAGAUGUGGGCGCACACGGAGGCCGUGGCCAAUCUACUGGCGGAGGCUGGGGCUGAAGUCGAGGAAAUACCAGUGCGCGGGGGUCCACCAGUCAAUCACAGCGUUCGCGCCGCCGACUACGGCCCGCGCAUCCGCGCCGGCAUGGAGAUGGGCAUGAUCAUACCGACGUCGGCGUACCUGAAGGCCCAGCGGCUGCGGCGGCAAUUCCGCGCCGACUUCAGCGAGAUGGCCGCCAAGGUCGAUGUCGUCAUGACGCCGGCGAUGCCGGCGCCGGCUCCGCGUGAUCUGAACACCACCGGUGAUGCGGCGUUCCAGGUGCCGUGGACGGCCGCCGGGUUGCCCACGGUGGUGGUCUCGACGGGCCUGAGCGAGCUGGGCAUGCCCAUGGCGGUGCAGUUCGGCGGGCCGUGGGCCCAGGAGGGCCGGGUCCUGGGCGCGGCGCAGUGGUGCGAGCGGAUCGCUGGACUGAACCAGGCGCCGCCCAAUUAUUGA